AUGGAAGGAAUUUCGCAAAGAUACAUCCAAGAACUAUUGCAGUUCGUGCGCACAAAAUCGCCCUACUACCGCUCUCUUUGGGCACAAGUUCCGGAAGGCAUCUCGUCGAUUGAGGAUCUUCCUCUCACAGACUCCGACGACUAUUGGACUGCGGCUCGCGAUGAUCAACUCCUGACUGGCCCGAUUAAUGAUGGGAUCAUUGUGCGGACGGGCGGCACAACGGCAGAGCCUAAGGUAGUUUACAUGACACGGGAGGAGGUGAAGCAGACGCUGCUCCCGCUGGCGCACUAUCUGUCGUCCUGCUCUGGUAUCCGCCCUGGUGAUCGCCUGGCCAACCUCUUCCACAUUGGGGGAAUGUAUGCAGGAUUUGUCGGCGUGACAACAGCAAUGCAGGACAUGCACAUGCAGCACGUACACCUCCCGAUCACCGGCAAUGAGUCGAUUCCGGACAUGGCGCAUUUUCUCAAGAUGUUUGAUGCGACAGUGAUUCUGAGCAACGUAUUCACUGUCUCUCGCGUGGCAGCGUAUCUUCGAGAGCAGGGUGAAACCAUCGACUCCGUACAUCUGAUACUAUACAUGGGAGAAAGCUUCUACAACGACAUUCUUCCAUCCUGGCUCGAGGCCUUUCCGAACAUGCGUGUACGACCGAUGAUGUACGCAGCGGUAGACGGCGGGAUCAUAGGAUUGCCUGUGAUCUCAUCAUCUGGCGACGAUGACCCAGGAGACCCUGUGUAUCAAGUCUCCUCGCCAAUGGUGUUGGUAGAGAUCCUGGACGAGGACGGCAAGGUGAUCACCGAACCAAACCGUCGGGGUCGGCUGAUGCUCACGGAUUGCAAGCGACGUCUUCAGCCCACUAUACGCUAUCCUAUUGGAGACAAUGCAGAAUGGGUUGACCAUGGCCGGAUGACGUUCCGCUUACUGGGUCGCGAGUCAAUCGCGCUGAAGGUCGGAUCUUUAUUUUUGAGCAUGCCAACACUUCGCAGCAUCGUCAGAGACACGUUUGGAGAGAGCAAAAUCAACAGCUUCCAACUGGUGGUCCGACGCAUGGAUGGAAAAAGUGAAGUGACAUUCAGGCUUGUUGCAGAUCCUGGCUCGACAGCUGAUCAGGAACUGAUUACUCGGAAGCUGGAGCAACGUCUGAUCACCGAGGCCCCAAAGUGGCAAGAGUACUUGGAAGUUGGCUACAUUCAGCCAUUGAGGACUGAGUGGGUCAAAGAGGAAGAUCUCUCGUACUCGGAACGAUCGGGUAAGCUUCGUGAAGUUGUAGAAGAGCGGUUUGGAUGA